AUGAAGGUCUUCAUCCUCGCCUGCCUUGUGGCACUUGCUCUCGCAAGUGAGGAAACACUCAGCGUUUCCUCUGAGGAAUCUACUGAAACUAUCAAUGAGAAACUUCAGAUGGUAGAGCAAAUGGAACAGCUGCAAGCAAAGGAAGUGCUCCAGGAUAAAGUUCACCCCUUCAUUCAGUCACAGCCUCAGGCCUUUCCUUAUGACCAGCCCAUCUCCUGCACUCCCUUUGCACAAAACACCCAGCCUAUUGCUCAACCCCUACCUAUUGCACAACCCCCUGUGGUGCCUUCUCUUGGGCCUGUCCUUUCUCCUGAACUGGAAGCUUUCCUUAAAGCUAAAGCCACCAUCCUUCCCAAGCACAAAGCAGCAUCCGCUCUUAACUCUGAAACUCUGCUCCACCUGAUUAACCCUCAAGUCCUCAGUUUCGCUAAUCUUGCAAACCAGCACAUUCCUCAGGCUCAGGUCCAGGCUCUGGCACAGGCCCUGCAGGCUUUUCUUCAGACUCCCGUGGUUUCUUCUCAGACCCAGCAGACUAUUCCUCAGUCCAAAGUUCUGUACCUUCUCCAGCAAGUAGCACCCUUCCUUCAAACAGAUAUGCCUGCCCAAGCCCUUCUUCAGUACCUAGAUGAGGUUCUGCUUAGCACCGCCUUCCAGUUUCCUGCCAAUCAGGCACCUCAACCCAUCACUAAUUGA